UUCCGGUGAAAUUUCGACGGCGACGAUCCAGCGAAAAGGAUGGCAUCGUUGUUGGGACGACUGUACCAGGCCCGGCCUGUACAACAAUUCAGGCUUGUACAACACUGUUCUAACAGAUUUGUUCAUCAGAAAAAUUUGAGAUCUGGUGUUCCAAAAACAACUAUAAAAAGAAUGGUAAAGUUGUCUUAUGAGACUGCACAGUUUCCCCACCAAAUUGGAGUUACAAAAUCAUGGAAUUCCUGGCAUACAAGUAAUUUACACGAAGAAGAAGGAGCAUCAGCUGCAGCAUUAGAGGACGAGAUGAUCAGGAGAUUUCUCCAAGGGAUCUGGGGCAACAAACUUUUAUCUGAGUGUAUUAUCAAACGUCAGUUUAAUGCAAUAACAUUAGUAUUUACAGUACGGGAAAUUGGAAAAUUAAAAGAAGUAAAUUUCCUUACUGGUUUUACAGAGGAACUUUUUAGUCAUAUAUUUAAACGUCCAGUUAAUAUUGAAGUGCAAGUCUGCAGCUCAACCUUCCAAGAAGUUUUCAAGUGGAUUUAACAUCUCGCAGCAUAUUGAUAUUGAAAUAAAUUUUAAUUCUGUA